GCCUCCUUCCACUCUCUAUGUAAUAACUAUCAGAUUUUUAUUUUUCCAUUUGCAGUACUUGCCAUUUCCUUAAACAUAGUGUGAUUUGCUGGGUCUGUGUGUGUAUAUUUGAACUCUGUGUGUUUCUGGCAGGUGUUUGGCCACGGGAAAGCUAACGGGGAACCUACGUGGGCCCUGCUGCUGACAGCUCUGAUAGCUGAGCUGGGGAUUCUCAUCGCAUCUCUGGACAUGGUGGCUCCUGUUCUGACAAUGUUCUUCCUCAUGUGCUACCUGUUUGUGAACCUGGCCUGUGCCCUCCAGACCCUCCUGAGGACACCCAACUGGAGGCCUCGCUUAUCAUACUACCACUGGAGCUUGUCCUUUCUGGGGAUGACUUUCUGCCUGGCGCUCAUGUUUAUAUCCUCUUGGUAUUAUGCAAUCGUUGCCAUGGUGAUCGCCGGUAUGAGCUACAAGUACAUUCAGUAUCAAGGAGCAGAGAAGGAGUGGGGAGAUGGGAUCCGUGGUCUGUCACUCAGCGCUGCCCGUUAUGCUCUGCUGAGGCUGGAAGAAGGACCACCGCAUACUAAAAACUGGAGGUAUUGAAAUGUCUCACAAACACAGGAUGCAAGUUGACCUUUUAGAAGUUGGUUGAGUGUUUGCACUUAAGUUUGCGUACAGUGCUGGG